UCGUUGAGAAACAAAAAUCGCCACUAUUCGUAAAUUGUGUCUGAACAAAUUUUUUUCGCUUCUCAGUUGGAUUCCGUCAACUGUUUAGUUCGUUUUGGUCCAGUGGUUCUAGUGCUUUUGUACUUCGAAAUAAGAAAAUAAAAAUAGAUACAUUUUUGAUUUGGAUACAUUAAAACAACGUUUGGAUAAAUCUCCUUGAAUCUACAAAACUAAAGAUCAAUUAUGGCCGAAAAUACUGAAAGCAACGGCUCACCAAAGCCUCCAGUUGAAGAAGUUGCCCAAUUGGCAAUCGAAGAUCCAAAACCUGCAGCUUCCCUUCGAGAUAGUUUUAAGGCUUUUUCAAAGUUUGGUGAUACCAAAUCCGAUGGCAAAUCAAUAACACUUUCACAAUCUGACAAAUGGAUGAAACAAGCUAAAGUUAUCGAUAAAAAAAUUACCACAACCGAUACUGGUAUUCAUUUCAAGAAAUUCAAAGCAAUGAAAAUCUCCUACGAUGACUACAACAAAUUCCUGGAUGAUUUAGCUAAAGCCAAGAAAGUCGAUCUAGAUGAAAUCAAAAAGAAACUAGCUGAGUGUGGUGCACCUGGUGUUUCACAAGUUUCUGCUGGAAAAGCAGCUGCCACAGUUGGACGUUUAACUGACACCUCAAAGUAUACCGGCUCUCAUAAGGAACGCUUCGACGAUUCAGGCAAAGGCAAAGGUAUUGCUGGACGCAAGAAUCUGGUGGAUGAUUCGGGAUAUGUAUCUGGAUAUCAACACAAGGACACGUACGAUAAAAGCCAUUAAAAAAACACAGCUUUUUUCUUGUUAUUAAAUUGUUUUUAUUUGCUUAAUUAAGAGGAGGUAUUUUCGUCACCCUUUACACUCUUUUCCUUAAAAAAAAACAACAACCAAACAAUCUUAUCACCAACUACUUAUGUAAAAUAAUAUUUAAUUUAUAUAUAGAAAUAUAUUUGUGAUAUUAAUUUUCUUAAA